AUGUUCGGCUGCAAGUGCGUCGGCAUGUCUGAAGAGCGCGCAGCUUUACCUGAUCUCCGCUGGCCCCCUGCCCUCCUGCACUCAGCCGAGGAAUGGGAUGCCAUCACAGAGAUGGAUGAGCAGAACCGGCCCAUCCACACCUUCCAGGUGUGCCACGUAAUGGAGCCAAACCAAAACAACUGGCUGCGCUCGAGCUGGAUCGCGCGGCAGGAGGCACAGAGGAUCUACGUCGAGCUGCGCUUCACGCUGCGCGACUGCAACAGCAUCCCGUGGGUAUCGGGUACAUGCAAAGAGACCUUCAACCUGCACUACCUGGAGACGGACGAGCCUCACAGCCACUUCCGUCCCUCCGACUACGCCAAGAUAGACACGAUUGCGGCCGAUGAAAGCUUUACGCAGACUGACGUAGGCGAACGAGUUCUCCGGUUGAACACGGAGGUGCGUGAGCUAGGGCCCGUGCGCACCAAAGGCUUCUACCUCGCCUUCCAGGACGUGGGCGCAUGCAUCGCCCUGCUCUCAGUGCGCGUCUACUACAAGAAGUGUCCGUCCACGCUGAGGAACCUGGCCGCCUUCCCCGACACGGUGCCACGUGUCCACUCGUCAGCUCUGGUGGAGGUGAGGGGAGCCUGUGUGUUGAACGCCGAAGAGCGAGACACCCCACGACUAUACUGCAGCGCCGACGGGGACUGGCUCGUCCCACUGGGCAGGUGUGUGUGCAGCGUUGGCUAUGAAGAGAGUGACGGCCUCUGUCUGGGUGAGUCUCUCUCUUGAUCACUCUCUCUCACUUACUUGAGUAGAAAUUUGAUAACGAAACCUC